AAAGCACAAACUCAGAGCCUUGAAAAAUCAAAAGUUUGGCUUCGAAGUGCUUUGAAGUUCAAUGCCACCAUUGGGACCCACGCGGCAACGACUCGACUCGCUCGUACGAGUCACGGGCUCCGCGUGACUCAAAACUUUCUUUUCUCUUCCCUUCUUUCCAUUCUCUCUCUCUCUCUCUCUCUCUCUAACCAUGUGGCUUCUUCUUCUACCCUCAUCUGCACGCUUAAUUUGACUUGACCCUCUCUCUUUCUCUCUCUAUCAUUUUUUCUUCUUCAUCUGGUUUUUGCUACUAAUUUUCUGUUCCCAUUUACUUUCUCUCAAAAAUGGCUCCUCUUUCUCUUCUUUCUUUCUCCUUUUCCUUCCUCUUCUUCUUCUCCCCUUCUCUCUGCACCAAUUCUGAAGGGAAUGCUUUGCAUGCUUUGAGAAGCAGGUUCUCUGAUCCAACCAAUGUGUUGCAGAGCUGGGACCCAACUCUGGUCAAUCCUUGUACCUGGUUCCAUGUCACCUGUGAUUCCAACAAUCAUGUGGUUCGCUUGGACUUGGGGAAUUCUAACAUUUCUGGGUCUUUAGGACCAGAGCUUGCCCAGCUCAAGCAUCUACAGUACUUGGAGCUUUAUAGGAAUAACAUAGGUGGGAAAAUUCCUAAAGAGUUGGGUAAGUUGAAAAAUCUCGUGAGCAUGGAUUUGUAUGACAAUAAAUUUGAAGGUGAAAUACCCAAGUCCUUGGCAAAGUUGAAAUCACUCAGAUUCCUACGGCUAAACAACAACAAACUAACUGGAUCUAUUCCAAGGGAGCUCGCCAAGCUCAAAGACCUCAAAGUUUUUGAUGUUUCUAAUAAUGAUCUCUGUGGAACAAUUCCAGUAGAUGGUCCCUUUGCUACUUUUCCCAUGGAAAGUUUCGAGCACAACAGGCUUAAUGGACCAGAGCUGAAGGGACUAGUGCCUUACGACUUUGGAUGCUGAAGCGAAAGCAACUCGAUUUAGUCGAUAGUGGAUCUGCCUGUAGGGACUGUAAUGCUAUGGGGUAUCUAUAUGAUAAAUUAGAAGGAUAAUACUGCCUGAUUACAAUCUGUACUUGAAUGAUGGCUCAACAUAUAUGUAUGUACAAGUAUGAAAACAAAAAAGAAAUAAGAUGGCUGCACAAGAUCUGCAACUUUAGUCUUUUAU